AUGACUGAUCUUACUGGCCAUUUCCGAGAUAUGGCAUUAGCUCAUUUCGUAGCCUAUAAAGCACUUUUAUUUAAUGAAACUCCCGUGGCAUGUAUUGUUAAAGAUAAAAACACCAAUAAAGUUGUUAGUAUUGGAUAUAAUUAUACAAAUACAUCACUUAAUGGAACUAAACAUGCAGAAUUCAUAGCAUUAGAAAGAUUCACAGGUAAGCCAGACUUUAACUUCAAGGAUCUUAUAUUAUAUGUAACAGUAGAACCAUGUAUAAUGUGUGCAUCAUACCUUAGACAAUUAGGUAUCGGGAAAGUUUAUUAUGGAUGUGGUAACGAUAGAUUUGGUGGAACAGGCACAGUAUUAUCGGUUCAUAAUGAUCCUAAUUUAUUAGAUGAUCCAUAUGAAAGUAUUGGAGGGAUUAUGAGAACUGAAGCAAUUCAAUUAUUAAGAAAUUUUUAUAUUCAAGAAAAUGAACUGGCACCUAACCCUAAAAUAAAGAAGAAUAAAGAUAUUGAUACUAAAGAAUUCCCACCCAAUGUAUUUAGAUUUUCAAAAGAAGAAUUUAUAGAGAAUUAUGGGAAUGAAAGAUUACCUCUUUAUACAGGAGAUGGCAUUAAGGAGAUCACUCCAUUGAUUAAUAAAGGUUAUAAAGUCAUUGAUUUAAUUGAUAUUCACAGUGUAAAGGAAUUACCAUAUUUAGAAGAUGAAUUAGGCAAUGUUAAUCAAAAUCAAUUGAAUGAUAUGUUUGAUUUAUUAUUUGAUAUUAAUGAUGACGGUACUAUCAAUUACAAUAAACCAAUUAAGAAAUAUAAUUCAAAGAAAAGACAUCAUCCUUCUGAUGAUUCUUCAACUGAAACUCCUGGUAGUUCUUCUAAUAAUGAUGUUGAUGAUCCAUAG